CCCCGAAUAAUCGCCUCGGCAAACACGAAAUAUUUUGUAACCUUAUUUAAAAGUAAUUGUUUGCUCAAUUCCAGUUCACUGAUUCAGAAGAUUUUAUGCCCUAUUCGUAAAGCUCAUGCAUACUUUCAACUUAUCGCACGACUGAUUUGAAACAGUUUAACAGUCCCGACUGGAAAUAUUUAAGUAAGGAUGGCUUCUCGUGGGAAAUCAGAAACUGGAAAACUGAGGCAAAAUAUGGAAGAGCAACUUGACAGAUUGAUGCAGCAGCUUCAGGAUCUGGAGGAAUGCAGAGAAGAACUGGAUGAGGAAGAGUAUGAAGAGACAAAAAAGGAAACCUUGGAACAGCUGAGUGAAUUCAAUGACUCUCUGAAGAAGAUCAUGACAGGAGACAUGACACUUGUGGAUGAACUCAGUGGAAUGCAGCUGGCAAUUCAGGCUGCCAUCAGCCAGGCAUUCAAAACCCCAGAGGUGAUCCGCCUUUUUGCUAAGAAGCAGCCGGGACAGCUGAGAACCAGACUAGCAGAGAUGGACCGAGAUGUCAUGGUGGGGAAACUGUCGCGGGACGUGUACACGCAGCAGAAAAUGGAAAUCCUCACAGCCUUGCGAAAACUGGGAGAGAAGCUGACUGCAGAGGAUGAGACUUUUCUCACUGAAAAUGCUACAGCUACCCUCAGCCAGUUUGAAAAAGUGACUGCAAACCUGGGGUCUGAAGACAAAAUUAUGGCUUUAGCUAGCUCGGGUGUGAAAACCAAGACAUAGAAAUUUUACAGAAUGUUAAUUUUAGCUCAAUGUGGUUUCAAUGAUCAAGAAAGAAAUGUGCCAUAGACUUUGUAAAUAAUCAGUGCACUUCUCAGUGCUGCUGUAGGCUCUUACACUUUUUAACUUUAUUGUUUUAUAGCCUUCAACUUUUGUAAAUGUCUUUUAAUUGUCCAGAUAAGUGUACAGCUGUAUUACAGGUAUGAGCAUGUCAUUUGUUUAAUAUGAAGACAUGUAUAUGAAUGUAGAGGAUAGUCCAGGCAGGUCAUGAGAAAUAGUCUAUUGUGACUUAUGCUGUGCUGUGUCUACUUAUCUUAAAGCCUAAAAAGUCAAGUUUUAAUAUGUGAUUUUGUUUGGAUAUUGUUGCUUUUUAUUGUCAGCUGUUUCCAUUAUUUUGUCCAUUCUCUUUAUAGAUUAUCAAGCAUUUCAGUUUGUGCUUGGGUUGACAGCUGUAAUUUUACUGUAAUUACAGUAUGCACUAAUCAAGCACAAUAUUGCAUUAUAAUUCAUCUUUAUAUCUGACUGGUUGAAAUGCAACAUCUGUCUUAAUUGAUGAACAGCUUUUAAGCAAUGUAACGUUCAAUGUGAGGAAAAAAAAUAGAAAAUGGUCUUGUUAUUGAUUUGAUUUGUUUUACCAUUGAAAUGUUAUCUUUUAAUCUGUACCACACCUUUUAUCCACUGUCAGCUGGGAUUUGCUCCAGCCCCCCAGUGACCCUCUUCACAAUAAAUUAUAUAGAUGGUGGAUGGAUGGCUAUUGUUAGCAUUUACUUUCAGGCUUCAGAGAAUUUUAUUUCCACCAGCAGAGGACACUAAUGGUCAAGAUUUAAAACAUUGGCACUACUCAGGGCGUGUUCCACCAGUACUAAAUUUAGUCUGGUGAUGUACUUUCAAGUAUGACUGAAGGAAAACAAGAACAGACAGAAGUUAUGUCCCAUUUCAUCAUCCUUUAUUUUGUUUACGAGCAAGCAUCAACUUCACUACAAUUUGCCUUUCAACUGGUAGAAAAGUGAGAGCAGCUCCAACAAGCACAAAGGAAGCAUCCAACCAUUCUGGGAACAUCGUAACCUUCCAUUUUGAGCAAAUUUUUAAAAGAAAACAAAAAAUAUAUAUAUAGCUGGAGUGUCGUGGACAUGUGAAACAGACAAUCUGAGAAUCAGCAGUGUAUCAUAUCUCCCUUCUCACAUGGAACAUAAACUUGUGGUUCAUGCAAAGUAAAUUCCCCUUAUAUCUUGAGUGUUACUUCAGUAUGGCUGCAUUUCAGUUUAUUAGGCAGUGACAUUCAGUCCAACCAAUCUGCACUUAGCUCAGGGACUGAUCAGAAAGCACAGAACCCAGAAAACAAGAUUGUGUGGAGACUUGACUUCAGACUCAGUGUGCACAUAUCAGUGACUCAUGGUACUGUACUUUAAAGUGUAUAUGAAAUGUGGACAUUUAAAUGUUUGACAAUGAAACAAUGUCAGAGCUGACAGGCUUACACUCUUGUGAAUUUCAUGCUGCCCUCAAAAUCAUUUCUCAACAACUCAGGCAAUAGGACACUGUUCAAAGUACCUACAAUUAUAAACAGGUCAAUUAACAGUAUACCCAUGUAUGCUGCCAAAGCAAUUUCCUUAUUAUGUACUGUACAUCUUUUGAAAGAUAAUUCCGUCAAUAUGAUUUAGUACAAUAUCUAUUGAGGAUACAAUAUGAAUCUAGUUCCUCUACACAUCAACAUGGACACAUGACAUCUAUGUAAAACGUUUUGUCACUUUUAAUAAAACUAGCAGUGGACUACUGUUACGACAAACUGAAAGAAAACCCCAGCUCUGUAGGACAGCUAGCAGUAAACAUAUAAAUUAAAAAACAAAGUUUGCCACAAAUAAAAGCGCUUGGAUGAAUGUUUUUAUUAGACCUACUAAAAGCGCUACAAUGGGCAAAAGGUACUCCCAUCUCAGUCGGCUCAGACAUGGCCCCCUUUUUAGUCCAAGUCCAAGUCAUCACAGAGGGGAGACCAUUCACUCUAGUUCCUAUCACAGACUUCUAAAAAUCCUAUAUGAACUGAACCAAAGAAUCAAACAACUAUGUGACUCAAACGAAGCCUGGAAUCUGUCUCCUAAAACAUCCUUUUAUGCAUUUCUCAAUUGAAUCUUAGCUUCUUAAAAUAGAUUUGCAUGCAAAAUAUGACACUUGCAACACCAACGUUUCUAAUCGUGACAACGCCACCUUCUGCUCACGGCGGUGCCCAGUGUCUGAUCUGCUUUCAUUAAUGCAGGUUUGGGAAAUGUUAAAAUUCACCUAGUACCCAACAACAUGAGACCAACACUGAAUAGUAAAGAGUGAUGGUACAUUUUUAUCUGGCUUUGUGAAGGAUAUAUACAACAGUGAUGGACAACAACAUUUAUUGAACACAUUUUCCCAAUCAAUUGUUUAGGCUUCAUACAAGAACAGAAGGAAAACAAGUUUACCAAAUGUAAACAGAUCUCUUAGAACAACUCUACAAUAACGUUCCAUGUACAAUAAAAUCUAGUGGUCUACUGCAAAAAAUAUUUCAUUUUAAAGAUUCAAACAAGAAGAUGAUUCAUUUUAAAGUGUUUUCCUAUUGAAAACUAUGCAGUUGUAUUCUCACAUGUGAUUCCAACUAUGAUGAAGACGGUGCUUGCUUAUCAAUAAGAAACCACUUUAAAAAUGCCUUCAGUAUAUGUAUUAUUAUUUCAGGUUAAAUAGCUGUUCCAUGGAAGAUAAGGUUCCAACAAUACAAUCCUGAAAAGUACUUACAUCUCACUUCUCUCCUUGAAAAUAAUGCCAGCAACUGCACUAUUCAACCAGGCUCCAUAAAGCUCUGUCCGUCAUGAAUCUGCUCUUUCAGUAGUUUGAAGCAUUUUGUUUUUCCUUGCUACCUCUGUUAACACUGCAAGACUGUGAUCCAGACGAAAGGCUUUUGGAAGCCGCUGAAAUCUCUCUAAUUGUCCAAAUACUAGCAGAAAUGUUAGUGCCUAUAUUUCAAGAUCACCAGUACUACAGUACCUGCUGGCCUGGUGUUUGUACCGAUGUACACGAAAUGUUGCUUUGUACCCUAGCAUUUCUCAGUGUGUGCUUACUUCGAACAAAAAGAAAAUGCCUUCUGUACAACAGUGAUAUCUACUGGGAAUGAAAUACACUGGCGCCUGUGGUACUGCCUCCUGUGCAA